CGCAACUGUCCUAUUCUUUCAUCGUGGAUUGCAUUUGAAAUGUUAACAUUUAACUGUUGUUCAUUCUGCUUUAUUUAGAAUUACAUUCAGUGUUCUUUUCCAUUAAGCUUCAUCCGUAUUAACUACUAAAAAUGGAAGUGAAUGAGAACAACCUAAACACAUUAGUGGGAUACUUGCAGCAAACUUUGAAUCCCAAUCCUUCAGUACGGCGACCUGCUGAAAAAUUUCUAGAGUCUGUAGAAGCAAAUCAGAAUUAUCCUGUUCUUCUGUUAACUUUAGUUGACAAAUCUGAUGUUGAUGUAACCAUAAGAAUAGCUGGUGCUAUUACUUUUAAAAACUAUGUAAAAAGGAACUGGAGAGUGGCGGAAGAUAGUGUGAAUAAAAUACAUGAUGUAGAUCGAGGAGCUGUCAAGCAGCUUAUAGUUGGAUUGAUGCUCAGAAGCUCUGAGCAGAUCCAGCGGCAGCUCAGUGAUGCUGUUAGUAUUAUUGGCAGAGAAGAUUUUCCCGAAAAGUGGCCAAAUUUAUUACAGGAACUGGUUUCACAUUUUCAGAGUGGUGAUUUUCAUGCCAUCAAUGGUGUGCUACAUACAGCACAUUCCUUAUUCAAGAGGUAUCGAUAUGAAUUUAAAUCACAGACUCUCUGGCUUGAAAUAAAAUUUGUACUUGAUAAUUUUGCUCAACCACUGACAGAUUUAUUUAAUGCCACUAUGCAAGUAGCAGAGACCAAUUCAUCCAAUAUAAGUGUAUUAAAAUUGGUGUUCACUUCUUUAGUGCUCAUUUCAAAAAUUUUUUACAGCUUAAAUUUUCAAGAUAUUCCAGAAUUUUUUGAGGAUAAUAUAAAAACAUGGAUGGAAAAUUUUUUGAAACUGCUCGUUAUUAAUAAUGAAUUGCUAAAAACUGGGGAAGAUGAAGAUGCUGGUCUGCUGGAACAGUUAAAAUCUCAAAUCUGCGAAAAUAUUGGAUUAUAUGCACAAAAAUAUGAUGAGGAGUUUGCUGAUUAUUUACCUAACUUUGUUACUGCUGUUUGGUCUUUGCUUACAACAACUGGACAGCAAAUCAAAUAUGAUUUGCUUGUGAGCAAUGCCAUUCAUUUCUUGUCUUCUGUUGCUGAACGUUCUAAUUACAAGCACUUGUUUGAGGCCUCUGAUGUGUUGAGUUCAAUAUGUGAAAAAGUUAUUAUACCAAAUAUGGAGUUUAGAGAUAGUGAUGAAGAAUUAUUUGAAGACAAUCCUGAAGAAUAUAUUAGACGUGAUAUUGAAGGUUCUGACGUUGAUACUCGAAGAAGAGCAGCUUGUGAUUUGGUUAAAGCACUUGCUAAACAUUUUGAAGCCAAAAUUACCAGUGUAUUUUCAGCUUAUGUGAAUGCUAUGCUACAAAACUACAUUAAGGAUCCUAAUACUCAUUGGAAAAGUAAAGAUGCCGCCAUUUAUUUAGUUACAUCCAUGACUGCAAAAGGACAGACUGCAAGGCAUGGCAUUACUCAGACUAAUGAAUUAGUGAAUACUUGUGAAUUUUUUAAUAUUCAUAUUUUGCCAACUCUUCAGUCACCAAAAAUUGAUGAGUUUCCUGUUUUGAAGGCUGAUUCCAUAAAGUAUUAUUUAAUUUUUAGAAAUCAAGUAAGAAUAUCAUUGCAUUUAUAAUUUAAAAUUUGGUAUAAAUUUCUGAAAGGAAAUAUAUGCAG